GUUCUCCUAGAUGUUCCAAAAGGGAAGGAAACUUUGGGGAAGCAUUGGGUUGAGUUGAGUGGUGGAAUGUCUGGGGUGUUUCGAUAUCUGAGACAAGCUCUUGGAUUCUCGAGAUCCCCGGACAAGACCCCCUGUGUCCUCCAGAAUGGCAUCGCCAGAGAUUUGACGCGGUUCGCUGAGGGUGACAGAGUGCUCGUGGAUGGGUCCAAACUCACUUUUCCUCUCCAGCGAAAUUCGAAGUUCGAUUUGUCCAAGGGCCAGCUCCCUCUGAACGACAUUAUCGGCAAGCCAGUCACUUCUACGUACGUUCGAUCUUCGAAAGGCUCUCUACACAAGAUCGAACUCCCGUCGCUUGAGGACUAUGUCACGCUCACCCCUAGGCUUGUGACUCCAGUCUACUCCAGUUAUGCAUCGUCAAUCGUCUCCUUGUUAGACAUUCACCCUGAACCACCUACCACAAUUCCGAACAGUGGCGGUCCAGCUCUCCGCGUUCAGAUCCUGGAAGCAGGUACAGGCCAUGGCAGCCUCACUCUGCACCUCGCUCGAGCAAUAGCAGCUGCGAAUCCACCUCCUCCGACUAUCCAGCUCCCUAGUCCACGCAGAGUGGCGGACAAGAAGCCCACAAACUCAUUUCCUGUAGCCGAAGACGAUUCAUCGGAGUCUGAUUCGCUCAUGCGGGCGUGGGACGAAUGGAAACAAAAGCGUCGAGCGGUCAUACACACUGUGGAAGCGGUCCCAGCGAACAGCAUCCAUGCCGAAAAGAUAGUGCGCGGGUUCCGGAGAGGUCUGUACUGGCCGCAUGUAGACUUCUACACAGGAGACGUGAAGGAAUGGAUCGUGGACCGCCAGAACGCAAACGACGAAUUCCUUGACUACGUUCUCCUCGACAUGCCUGGCGUACAUUCACAGAUCCGACACAUCGAGCCCGCGAUGCUUGACGGCGCAAAGCUGGUUGUGUUCGUGCCCUCAGUCACGCAAAUCGCGGAUUGUGUGAAGGCUGUUCAAGAGUUCUCCCUGCCGCUACAAAUGGACAAGGUGUUGGAACUAGGCGAAGGUAUCAGUUCGGGGAGGAAGUGGGAUGUGAGAUUUGUGACGCCGCGGAAGGGCGCCAUCCCCUCCACCGACGGAGAGACCAAGCGGACGGGCCGUGAGCGGGUUCCCGUGGUGGUUUCCAGGCCGGAGGGUGAGAAUGAACAACCGGAUCGUGCGGACCACAAGGAGGCUGAGGACGAGGAACCUCCUGACAGCGACAGCGACAGCUCCUCGACAUCGCAAGACGAUCAGCCAGUAAUGGUAUGCCGACCGCUCGUCGGGGAGCGCACCUUUGGAGGCGGCUUCAUUGCACUGUUCCGCAAGACGUCGCCUGCUUCCUCAGCACUUGCCGCGGAGUGGCGCCAAACUCAGACCGGCAGGGCAAAGAAACGAAAUCGUUAAUUGCCCGCCUUCCCGCGGUCGCGUGUUUCGGAGACAGGUACUUGGAUGGACCUAAAUCGGGGAUCAACAGAAUAUAUCACCCACUGUUACCAACAUCGUCGGUCUAUGUUGUAGGAUUAAGGAAAGGAGGAUUUGUACCAUACCACGGCCGGGCGACAUAUCGGCAUGAUCUCCCUUCAGGCAUCAUUUGAACUGAUCAUGUUCAUCUGAUCUCGUAAGCAGGUCACAAAUGCGCAUUAACAUCUACUCUCAUUGCUCGCCUUUUCUGUCUUCAUAUUGCCUCUGAAACCUGCCGCCUGAUGCUACAGUCUAGACAGAAUGCAC